AACACACCUCCAAGUAUGUACAAAUGUGAUGCGUUACAAGCCAUUUACAAGCCCUAGCAGCAGCUAGCUAGCUCCGUACCUGUGGUCAGAGAGAUCUUCUUGUGUAGCUACUGUAACGACACUCCACACACACCACUCAUCUGUGCCAGCCAUCAUCAUCAAAUCAUCUGGCUCUGGUAGGAUACAGAAUGUCAGACGUUAUCAAGAAGGGAUUGCUUGAGGUCAAGAAAAGGGGUCUGUUUGGGGGGUAUAAACCAAAAUACGUGCUGCUCAGCAAUAGCCUCCAUCACAAGUGCAAGGCUGUGGAGCUGCUUGAUUCUGAUGGCUCUAAAAGCAGCCUCGAGGUUAUUCGACUGACUGACGUAUGGAGUGUGCAGGACAAACCCUCUAGAACAAAAUAUGCCUUCGAGCUUGUUCUGGGGGAGGACCCUGUCAUUACAUUCAGCUGUGCCACUAUGGUAGAGAGAGAGGAAUGGACUGAAGCAUUCCGAGUACUCAACCUCCUAGCAUUGCCCAGUGUAGAGACACUCAGCACAUCGUCUCCCCUCACAGAAUACUUUCCUGUGAAUCUGCUCAAGAAUCGCAGUGCCCUGGAGAUUGGCCACUCUGGUCAGUACUUGCUCUCAAUCACCUCCUCUGCCAUGGUGCUCCACUGGAAGACGGGGGCCAUUGCUCAUCACUGGCCUACCAAGAACAUCUCCAAGCUCUACCACCGUGGCAAGGAGGGACACUUACUGCUCAUUGUUAAAAGAGUGAGUGGUUCUGGACCUCCUAUGGAGUUUGAAUUUAUCACAGACAAGGAAAAAGCAGUUCAAAUUCUCAAAGUGUGGAAUGUUCGUCUUCUCGAGUCUAUCCCUGGAGACCCUCAGAAACUUAACGAGAUUUCUCUGACCAGUUCCGUCACAGCAGGGGGAGGCAAAACAAAACGAUCUAGCCGCAAAACAAAGUCAUUCAAGUCUAGGGAGAGGCGCAUUGAGCCACAACAACCUGAUGAUGUCGUUAAGAGGACAAGUUCGUUUGCACGAUUCAGUACCUAUGGCACAGGGCUCGGCUCUACAGCACUGUCACAACCGUUACCAGGGCAACGUACCUCUUGGACUGAUUUCCCUGACAGUCAAGAUUCAUAUUUUGGACGUUUUGGUCCUGGUGUCAGUUCCCCGCCACCUCUCCCAGCUCGCCCAGUGGAGAGCUCUGAUGAGGAUGACCCUGAUUAUGCGUAUAUUGAUGAGACAGAGGUCAAAGGUCCCACAGGUGAGGGGGCGGCUAAUGUCAAGAGAACACCUAGCGAUGAACUGGACGAUCAAUUAAAUGAACUUCGUAAAAGCAUACAACGCGAGAACAAAGCCAAGAAGAGGAUGAAAGCACAAACAUUGCAGCGUAUCCACACGACUCCAUCGUUCCUACCAGCUGACCCUGCUGACUAUCUGGUCCCUGUGCCCUCUAAACGCUCCCAAACAGUAUCAGUCUCGUCAGACUGUCGUGACCUCUCUGACCCAUCCUCCAAUGACUGCUCCCCUGUGUUUGUUGGUGGUAACCCUCCUUCAUUGCCCCCUCGUGUGGGACGGAGCUAUGGUGUCAAUGAGGACAGAGAUGCUGGCAUGAAGGACUACAGUCUCCCUGCUCCACCACUGCCGCCAAGAAGCCCUACUAAAGAGUUCCUCUCAAGGAAAUCCAGCUCCUCCUCCUCACACAGUGCUAGCUCUAAUCAUCAGAGGUGUCCCAAAUGCUACUCUUUGAAGAAGUCCAAGUCCUCAGUGAGCAAGACAGUAUCUCUGGAGCAACGAAGUACUCGCAUGCCAGCCAAAGAGGAGAGCCGCAAGUCAAUGCCGAAUCUGGAGAAUGAUAUCCGCCAUCGCCACUGUUGCAGCCAAGACUCUGAGCAAUUUUUGACCACUACUCAUUCGAGGGAGUACCUCCAAUUGAUGGAGGAUAAAGAGAGCAGCAACCCAGUGCUUGGGCCUGAUAGGGCAUACCUCCAGUUAAUGGAGGAUAAAGGGAGCAGCAACCCAGUGCUUGGGCCCGAGUUGGAUCUUCUCUCUAGCUGUCUGCAAACACUUGAGGUGCGAAGCAAAACCAAAGGAGAUGAGUCUCCUACUAAGAAGAAACGAAACCCAUACGACCAUAUUCAACUCAAGAGUGAAGACACCAUGCCGCCCCCUCAACCGCCCCCCAGACAUCGCCCCCUCACUAGCAGUAAAUCACUGUAUGUUGGAGCCAAUACCUUCACUCCCCCCCCUAAUCGUACAAGACCCAAUGGCCACCUCCCCCGCACCUCUAUUGACCACACCCCCAGGAGCGUACCUCCUGUACCGCCUCGUAGCAACGCCUCACUCACAGAGACUGUGUCCAAGAGUCCACGAUUAGGACGAUCUUCCACGCUACAAGCAAAGCACCAUCCACCACCUGUACGAAGCAAUUCCAGCAUGGACCACACCCCUAGUUACCAAGGGAACAGUCGCUAUGGCUACAGCGGUGGAAGUCAAGUUGAGAGCAGCUCCAGCACUGUGUUCAUCCACCAUCUUAAGGAAAGACCUAGACUAGCUCAUAUGGUGUAGACUAAUGUACUGUAUACUCUCAUGUUAUACUUAUAAUAUCAUUUUGUGUUCUCAUGUAAUCAAUUGAUUGUGUUUUGCAGUUGUUAGUUUGUACAAUGAUAAAUAAUUUAUAUUUGAAUAUAACCAGAAAGAGCCGUCUUACAAAAA